UCAGCCCUUCAGAAGGCGGGUUAGGUGAACAGAACACCAUUUCCUGCCACAACUGAGGGCUGGUUUAGUUUACAUUUGAGCUCAGUGACUUCAUUUGUUUAAUGGUCCAAUGACUUCCAUCACUUUGUUGAGGUGAAGUUCUGAGGCCUGGUCAAAGGUGAUAUGAAUAGGAGGGUGGGUGAAUCACAUGCAGCAACUGAUUAAAAGUAAAUGUCCUGUCCCUCUCCCAGGCCCAUUCCUUAUGUGUAUUUACUUUUAAGAGGUUCAGGGAAGCAAACUCUCUGUAAAUCAUUCAACCCAGUACUUAGGUCUAAUGUAACCCUUUCACCUGCAGUGUAAGCUCCUUUUGUAUUGAGAGGUUUUAGUUUGUCUUUAUCCUUCCAUGUGCCUCUUCCCUGUGAUCUUAGCAUCACCCUACCCUAAUUUGCUGCACUACCCAUCCACUUAGCAAGAUGUUUUUGAAAUUCAUUGAGGGGAUCCAUGUAAAUAUGAAUCUAUUCUUCAGCCAGACAAGUGGUAUUACGUGCAUUACUUUCAUUGUCUCCACUUCCCUCCAAAUUUUGCCUGAGAGAUAGGUUUCAUUUUACAGCAGCUCCUUACUAAAAGGGGCCUUAGCAAUAGAGUUUAGAAAAAGUCUCGGGGCUCUCUGCCUUUUGUAUUUUUACUUUCUUAUCUCAAGAAUUAAUUACAUUACUGAUUCAUUUCAGUCUGUGGUCCACUGUGAGCCCUUGAUCCUUGCCCAUUCAAUGAAACUAGAUACAGAUCAAUUUUUCUAUCAUUAGAUGAGUCCAGUCUAAGAGGUAGAAAAUUCAUGUUGAAUUUUCUGGAAUUAUUGCAGGGGAGACCUUGAUUUCUAGGAGGGAACUAAAGGGAUCAUCAGAGCUAAGGAUGGAGCCUGAUCCUACCCCAUGCUGAUGUCUCUUCUCAUGUCUGUUUCACCAGGAGACUCUCUGGGGGCCAAGCCUGGGCUUCCCUAUGGGCUGAGCGACGAUGAGUCUGGGGGCGGCCGGGCACUAAGUGCCGAGAGUGAAGUUGAGGAGCCAGCCAGGGGUCCAGGGGAGGCCAGGGGUGAGAGGCCAGGCCCAGCCUGCCAGCUGUGUGGGGGGCCGACAGGUGAGGGGCCGUGUUGUGGGGCAGGAGGGCCGGGUGGGGGGCCCCUGCUGCCCCCACGGCUACUGUACUCAUGCCGCCUCUGCACCUUCGUGUCCCACUACUCGAGCCACCUGAAGCGGCACAUGCAGACACACAGCGGGGAGAAGCCGUUCCGCUGUGGCCGCUGCCCCUACGCCUCAGCCCAGCUCGUCAACCUGACACGACAUACCCGCACCCAUACUGGCGAGAAGCCCUACCGCUGUCCCCACUGCCCCUUUGCCUGCAGCAGCCUGGGCAACCUGAGGCGGCAUCAGCGUACCCAUGCAGGGCCCCCCACUCCUCCCUGCCCGACCUGUGGCUUCCGCUGCUGUGCUCCACGACCAGCCCGGCCUCCCAGUCCCACAGAGCAGGAGGGGGCGGUGCCGCGGCGACCUGAAGAUGCUCUGCUCCUUCCAGAUUUGAGCCUCCAUGUGCCACCAGGUGGUGCCAGUUUCCUGCCAGACUGUGGGCAGCUGCGGGGUGAAGGGGAGGGCCUCUGCGGGACUGGAUCAGAACCACUGCCAGAGCUGCUGUUCCCUUGGACCUGCCGGGGCUGUGGACAAGAGCUGGAGGAGGGUGAGGGUAGUCGGCUGGGAGCUGCCAUGUGUGGGCGCUGCAUGCGAGGAGAGGCUGGAGGGGGUGCCAGUGGGGGGCCCCAGGGCCCCAGUGACAAAGGCUUUGCCUGUAGCCUCUGCCCCUUUGCCACUCACUAUCCCAACCACCUGGCCCGGCACAUGAAGACACACAGUGGUGAGAAGCCCUUCCGCUGCGCCCGCUGUCCUUAUGCCUCUGCUCAUCUGGAUAACCUGAAACGGCACCAGCGCGUCCACACAGGAGAGAAGCCCUACAAAUGCCCCCUCUGCCCCUAUGCCUGUGGCAAUCUGGCCAACCUCAAGCGUCACGGUCGCAUCCACUCUGGUGACAAACCUUUUCGGUGUAGCCUUUGCAACUACAGCUGCAACCAGAGCAUGAACCUCAAACGUCACAUGCUGCGGCACACAGGCGAGAAGCCCUUCCGCUGUGCCACCUGUGCUUAUACCACAGGCCACUGGGACAACUACAAGCGCCACCAGAAGGUGCAUGGCCACGGUGGGGCAGGAGGGCCUGGUCUCUCUGCCUCUGAGGGCUGGGCCCCACCUCAUAGCCCACCCUCUGUUUUGAGUUCUCGGGGCCCACCAGCCCUGGGCACUGCUGGCAGCCGGGCUGUCCAUACAGACUCACCCUGAACUAGGUCCUUCUUCCCCAUGUUUUAUACAGACGGACUAGAAGCCACCUUCUUCCUCCCCCGCUGGCCAGGGGCUCCACACAGACUAACCUAGGCACUAUAAGGACCAGCCCAACCCCAUGGGCGGGGGGCCAUAUGGACCGGGGGCCUUGCCUUGACUGAUGCACUUCAUGAGCUCAGUGAGAAGGGCCCUGUAUUCACCUCCACUGCUCCCAAGGGCUGUGGACAACCUGGCUGGAGGACUGCCCAGCCUCCCACCUGUUUAUUUAACUUAUUUCAGUGCUUUAUAAUAAAGGAAACACUAACAAA